UUUGCUGCGCUCCCUCGGCCGCGCUCUGACGUACACACCAUGUGACAGGUUCCCUUCAGCUAUAAGCGGAGCAAAGGUCCGCCCUCUCCUGGUCUCAGCCCUCGGCUCGCGGAGCUCUGUCCCUAGACUCUCGGUUCCGCACCCUCCCGGGCGUCCGACUAGCUCUCCCAGGGCCCCGCCACCCCCUCCUCCAGGGACCCGGCCAGGGGCGCUCGGAGGGGAAGGUCAAGUGCCCCUCCCCGGCCGGGUGAGCGCAGAGCGAGGGAGCGCAGAGCCGCGGGGAGACCGCGGCGGCGCAGGAGUUACAAAGUCGCCGCGCCAGCCUCGGCCGCGCCGGCCCCGCCGCCGGAGCGCACGCAGCCGGAGCGCCGGCAGCGCCCCCAGCGUGGCGCCCCGGGGCCGGGCCCGCCGCCCGGGACCAGGGCUGGGGCGCGGCGGGAGCCCGGAGCCCGGCGCCCCGAUGCGCCACCUCGCCGCCGCCGCGCGCCAGCGAUGACCCUGAGCGCGGAGAUGUCCGAUGCCUCCGGCCUCGCCGAGGAGACAGACAUCGACGUGGUGGGGGAGGGCGAGGACGAGGACGACGAGGAAGAGGACGACGAGGGCGGCGGCGGCGGCGGCGGGGGGCCCCGGCUGGCGGUCCCCGCGCGGCGGCGCCGCUCCUACGCCGAGGACGAGCUGGAGGACCUGGAGGAAGAGGACGACGACGAGGACAUCCUACUGGCCCCGCGGGCGGGAGGCUCCCCGGGGCCCCCGGGCCCAGCCCCGGCCGCGGGGCCCGGGGCCGGCGGGGGCGGCGGCGCGGGCGGCGGCGGGGGCGGCGGAGGCGCGGGCGGCCCCAAGAACCCGCUGGUGAAGCCGCCCUACUCGUACAUCGCGCUCAUCACCAUGGCCAUCCUGCAGAGCCCCAAGAAGCGGCUGACGCUGAGCGAGAUCUGCGAGUUCAUCAGCGGCCGCUUCCCCUACUACCGGGAGAAGUUCCCCGCCUGGCAGAACAGCAUCCGCCACAACCUCUCGCUCAACGACUGCUUCGUCAAGAUCCCCCGCGAGCCCGGCAACCCGGGCAAGGGCAACUACUGGACGCUGGACCCGGAGUCCGCCGACAUGUUCGACAACGGCAGCUUCCUGCGCCGGAGGAAGCGCUUCAAGCGGCAGCCGCUGCUCCCGCCCAACGCCGCUGCCGCCGCCGAGUCGCUGCUGCUCCGCGGCGCCGGGGGCGCGGGAGGCGCGGGCGACCCGGCGGUCGCCGCCGCAGCGCUCUUCCCGCCGGCGCCGCCCCCGCCCCCGCACGCCUACGGCUACGGCCCCUACGGCUGCGGCUACGGCCUGCAGCUGCCGCCCUACGCGCCGCCCUCCGCCCUCUUCGCGGCCGCCGCGGCCGCCGCCGCCGCCGCCUUCCACCCGCACUCGCCCCCGCCCCCGCCGCCCCCGCACGGCGCGGCCGCCGAGCUGGCCCGGACCGCCUUCGGCUACCGGCCGCCCCCGCUCGGCGCCGCCUUGCCCGGGCCCCUGCCGACCUCCGCGACCAAGGCGGGCGGCCCCGGCGCCUCGGCCCUGGCGCGCUCGCCCUUCUCCAUCGAGAGCAUCAUCGGGGGCAGCUUGGGCCCGGCCGCCGCCGCCGCCGCGCAGGCCGCCGCCGCCGCGCAGGCCUCGCCCUCGCCCUCGCCCGUGGUGACGCCGCCCGCGCCCGGACCCGGACCCGGACCCGGACCCGGACCCGGACCCGGACCCGGACCCGGACCCGGCGGCGGCUGCGCGGCUCAGGCGGCCGUGGGUCCCGCUGCCGCGCUCACUCGCUCCCUUGUGGCCGCCGCGGCCGCCGCCGCCUCCUCCGUCUCCUCGUCGGCCGCCCUGGGGACUCUGCACCAAGGGACCGCCCUGUCCAGUGUGGAGAACUUUACUGCUAGGAUUUCCAAUUGUUAGUAACGCUCUUAGCGCGCUUGAGGAAGAAGGUAGGCUCGCUCCUUUUCUCCCCUCGGUGGCUCUGGUGUCCGGUCCGCUCCUCCCGGCCUCGCACCCCGUCCUCGCCGCUGCGGAUUCUCGGAGGAGACUGUUUGGCCGCAGCUCGGCGCGCCCUUUGGCUCCGCGGGUCCUGGUAUUUAUGCGAAGUCGCCCGGUGCUGCAGCCUCCGGCCCGGGUGGGGAGGAAGAGGGUGCUGGGGGGCCCGCCCGGUCUAGGCACCAGGGGCUUCCUUGACUUUGGGGAAAUCUUAAACAUUCUAAAGCCUUUUUGAGGUCUAGAGAUUCUCAGGUCCAGGCAUUAAUCCAUAAUGUUCAAAAUACGAAUACAGAAAUAGUAAAGGUCCUGAAGAAUGCCAGCAAAGCAAUAGUUUUUAUUUGAGGACACUUGUCUGGUGUACUUUUUCAUGAAAAGGAAAAAAACACACACAAACAUGUUUACACAAGGAAAAAAGUCAAAAUUUUCUUAUUUUAACCUGUGUUUUGUAUCAUAAUAGACACGCGGAACUUUUAUUUUGUACUUCAUAUUCUUUACAAGGAGUAUUGUAAAUUUUACUGGCAAUUGUACUAUUCUAAUGUAAGAUUUUUACACUUUUUCAGAAAUAAAAUGCUUACUUUUCAAAGAAAACCCACCAAAAGAAUUGGCUUCAGUCGUCCCCUUCUCAGUUUGCUUUAUUUUUUAUUUUUUAAAAAAUUUCUAUGUGAGAGAAGUCGGAACGAACCCAUUAUAGAAAAGGCAAAUGCUAUUUUCAAAGAGAAUUUAACAAAAACUUCAUUGCAGGAGAUCAGAAAUUAUUUUUAAAAGACUACAAAUAAAAGAAGUCACUUUGGUAAACAUUGUCAAAUCUCAUUCUGUUCCAUUUUGAUGAUUAUUAAGGAGAUUGAAAAUUAAAGCCACUGUUACCCUAGGAUAUAAUUUUAUAGAACUUUUCAUUUUAUUUUUGAGCUCCCCAUUUCAAGCAGUUCCCAUUCACGUUUGAGCGCAAUAUUGUAUGUGUCUAUAAAAACUCUGCAACAUAGUAUUAUAUAGUAACAGAAACACUACAAGUAAAUAGACAGUUUUUAGUUUUAAAAAUGUAAUAGACAUGAUCAUCAGUUAAAUAGCUUUAA